CUCAUGAGCGUAAGAUCCCAUGACGCAAACGGGCCGAGCCAACCCGCCGCCGACCCAUCUCCUCUCCUCUCCGUCCUGCGCUGCCGCGGCGGCUCCAGCUCUCCGCCGGCGGCGGCCGACUGAAGCUGCAGGAGGUGCGGCGGGAAGCUGCCGCCGGGGGGAGAUGAGCGGCGGGAGCGUGAGCGCGGUGUUCUACGCGGACAAGUACCACCCGAUCCAGGCCGGCAGCAUCGACGGAACGGACGUCGCGCCACACGAUAACGCCGUCCUCCGCGCCCACGUCUGCUCCCAAGCCGGCCUCUACGACCCGUUUGGCGACCCCAAGGCCACCGGCGAUCCCCACUGCACGGUCUUCGUUGGCCGCCUCUCGCGCCAGACCGACGACGACACGCUUCGGAAGGCGAUGAGCAGGUAUGGGAGGGUGAAAAGCAUGCGGUUGGUGCGUGACAUUGUUACUGGCGCUUCUCGUGGUUAUGCAUUUGUUGAGUAUGAAUCUGACAGAGAGAUGUGCCGUGCCUAUGAGGAUGCACACCAUUCCAUUAUUGAUGGCAGUGAAGUGAUUGUAGAUUACUAUAGGCAGCAGCUUAUGCCUGGAUGGAUACCAAGGAGGCUAGGAGGAGGGCUUGGAGGUAAGAAAGAAUCUGGUCAGCUUCGGUUUGGAGGUCGAGAGAGGCCAUUCCGUGCUCCCUUGAGACCUAUUCCUUAUGAUGAACUGAAGAAGCUUGGGAUCCCACCACCACCUGAAGGGCGGUAUAUGACACGUUUUCAGGUUCCCCCACCACCUAGGCGGAAAAGUAGCAAUAUUGACAGGGAAGAUUCACCUCCUAGGAGAAGAUCCAGGGACAGGGCGGCUGAUGGUAUGCACAGAAGGCAAAGAAGUCCAACUAAAGAUGAUGCCCACGGUAGGAAAAGCACCCAUGACCGACAAGAAGAAUCACAAAGCCGAAGGAGUGAAAGAUCAUCCAGUACGAGGGAGGGCAGCAGCUAUAGCAGGCAGAGAAAACCAAAGGGAGAUGAAGAUGGUCAUCGCAAGCGGAGACGAAGCCCUGAACCAGGCGAGGUAUCUCCAGCAGAGGAGGAUAGUAGCUACAAAAGAGAAAGAACUCCAAGCGAUGCCGGUCGCAGCCCUGAUCGGUACCAUCACCGUCGGCGCCACAGAGAGCACACAUAUGAGAGCAGCCAUUCUCAGCACAGGGACCACCGGCACCACGGUGACCGUGCUCACUCAAGAAGCUAGAGCCGAGAUUACAGCCACUAGAUCUCGAGUUGCGUAGGUUAUUUUUAUAUGCAUAUUGCAUGAUGUAAAAUCUGAAGCCCUGUUUGCCUGUGUACUUUUGAAAUCUGCCUGUGUACUUCUUGAUUUGGUAAGGUUGCUGUCCUGUAAGGCUGUAGACUAAUUCCCCAGGCGUCCUUGCCGUACAAAGCAAAGCGAGAAGAUAUGAAUCGCUUGCGUUGAUCAAUGUAAAUAGUGACUUUGUCUGA